AUGGCAAUCUCCAAGUUUCUUGUUGUCUUGGCUCUGUUCUUUACAUGCCUAUCUCUUGCUAUUUCAGAACCGAGCAAACCCUGGGAACAAACUGAAAUGGUGAAUCCCAAUGAAGAAACCGAUGUGAAAGAGCCAGAUCAAAAUGGUGGAGGAUACACAGGUUGGUGCAGGCACGGUUGCUGCUAUGGGGGAAGCAACGGAUGCAUCCGAUGCUGUCGUUACCCCAACGAGAAAACUAACAGUGUGGAGAUACAGAAGAAACGCAGCCGUGGCGGUUGCAAAUACGGUUGCUGCGGUAGCUACGCUUAUGGACAGUGCAGUGCAUGUUGCAGCCUCAGCCAAGUCGCAGAGAAAGCUAAGGAGCAGGAAGCAACUCCAGUUUGGGCUCAGGUCCAACCUUGA